AUGAGGAUGACUACUUUUGGGUGGCACCUCACCUGCUACGUCCGCCGCCUGCUCAUCGCCAGCCUGGCAGUCUUCGCCUCCACGUCCCCCGAGGCACAGCUGUCCGCCACGCUGCCCCUGCAGGCGGUGCGCAUCGGGCUGCAGUACGGCGCCUCGCCCUUCGCCUCGCUCUCGCUGGACCUGCUCUCAUCGGCUGCUGGCCCUCUCGGAGUUCCUCUUCACCCUCGCCAUGACCGGGGAGAAUUACAUCAAGCUCUCCGCCGCCGCCUCCGUGCUCUAUGUCAUCGCGCUCCUGCUGCUGCUGCUGCCGGCCUGCUGGUGCUGUUGUAUGAAGUGGUCAAUGGUUACAUUGCCGCGUGUAACCGCUGGGCGUUGGUGAGGCUGGAGGGGGGACGGAAGGGUGGGGUUGGGAGGGGAUGGGGAAGAGGUGGGAGCCGGGGCCCUGACUCGCGUUUGCAAACACCGAGGGCUCAAGGGAGGUGCGGAAACACAGGCGAAGAGAUGAGUGAGGAUGGGUAUGAAGGGGUUGAUAUGGGGGACGUGGCAGAGUGGUUCAGACCACAUGUGCUCUAUGCCUUCCUUCACCACUCCAACAAGACUGCUGCUGCUGCUGCUGCUGAAGGAGCAGCAGCACAACCAGCUGACUCAGCAACCAGCACCACACCACAACCAUCACCCCAGCAGCAGCAGCAGCAGCACCCGGCUCACCUCCUCCUCGCCAUCCACCGCCGCUUCCACCUCUGCCAGUCAAAUGGCCUGGGCGGCACGGACUGGACGCGGCACCUGUCCAAGUCGCAGCUAUACGCCGUGCUCUCACAGGCGCUGCUGGGCGCCGCCGUGGGGGACGUCACCGUCGCCACCCUGCCCGCUAGGCCUGGUACAGACUCUCGUGUGCUGAAACCGCAGAUCACGCUGCAGCAGCAGCAGCAGCAGCGGCAGCAGGCGAACCAGCAGCAGCAGCAGCCGCAGUUGGGAGUAGUGGUGGGAGGCAGUAUGACGGCAAUAGGAGCAGCAGCGGCGGACUUGGGAGGGGUGGGGUCCACGAGUGGCCGUCGCAGCAACAUCAGUGUUCUGGUUCGCAGCCUGUCCAAGCGGGAAGGGCUGCCAGCGGCUGACCCCCUCUCCAUGUCUCGAAGCAGCUCCAGGCACGACCUGCCAGCAGCAGGAGCAGCAGCAGGAGCAGGAGCAGCAGUGGUAGGAGAGGGGGCGAUCAUCGGUGGCGGGUUGCUGGUGCGCAGCGGGUCCACCUCACGGGGGGACUCGGCCUCUGACCCGCCGGCCUGGGCGUCCGCCAUCGGGGCUUUCGGCCUCUCCAGGAGCGCCUCCCGCCGCGAGAUCGUUCCGGACUCACCACGGGCAGUGGGAGCCGUGGGACCAUUCUCGGGAGGAGUAGGAGUAGGAGUAGGAGCAGCAGGAGCAGCAGGAGCAGGAGGGAAGCAGCUAUGGGGAAGCGCCGGUCUAGCGUCAGGUCUAGGGGCGGUGCUGGCAGCGGGAGUGCCGGGAACGCCGGUGGCGCGGCAGGGGUCGCGCCGGGACUUUGUGCCCGACUCGCCCCUUGCCAUUUCCAGAAGCGCCUCCCGCCACGCUGCCCUUGCAGACUCCCCUGCCUCUGCUGCCCUCUCCAUCUCCCCCUCAGCAGCAGCCUUACCUGGCCUGGGCGGCUUUUCCCUGUCUCGCAACAGCUCCCGCCGCGACCCCUCAGGUGCACUCUCAGGUGAAUUCUCAGGUGCUCUCCCAGUGGUGCGGCAGUCCAUCUCCCGGAGCUCCUCCCGCCGGGAGAUCGUGUCAGAGAUCGAGGGCGAGCUCGCCGCCACGGGCCUCCCGGGGUCUCUGUCGCGGUCCCUCUCUCGGUCGCUGUCCAGGAGUGCGUCGCGGCGCGAGCGGUGGAAUGAUGGCAGCAGCAGCUUUGGGGGGGGCGUGGUGGAGGCGGAGGUGGUCACCCGGGCCGAGUGGCCCCCGCGCCUGGAGGACCAUGUCACCUGGGCCGCCGCUGCUGGGGCUGGGGGUGGUGCUGCUGCUGAUGGUGGUCGUGGUGCUGGGGGUGCUGCUGCUGGGGGUGGUGGUGGCACUGGUGGGGAACAUGCAGGGGUGAGUGAGGAAGGUGCAAGAGGGGGAGGGGAAGGCAGUGGUGGUGCCGGGAAUAGGAAUGUUGCAGCAGGGGAUGGGAGUGCUGCUGUGUCUGACAGGGGCACUGCAGGCGCUAGAGAGCCAAGCAGCAGCAGGGUUGGCAGCGGCCGUGGCACCAGCAGCAAUGGCUCGCCUCCUCCUGCUGCUUCGUCCAUCCCUCCCACGGCCGCCAAUGCAGCUGCUGCUGCUGCUGCCUCAUCACCAGUUGAAGCUGACUCAUCGCCAGUUGAAGCUGACUCAUCACCAGUUGAAGCUGACUCAUCGCCAGUUGGAGCUGACUCAUCACCAGUUGAAGCUGACUCAUCGCCAGUUGAAGCUGACUCAUCACCAGUUGAAGCUGACUCAUCGCCAGUUGGAGCUGACUCAUCACCAGUUGAAGCUGACUCAUCACCAGUUGAAGCUGACUCAUCACCAGUUGAAGCUGACUCAUCGCCAGUUGAAGCUGACUCAGCGCUACAUGCACCCUCUCCAUCCCGGCCAGCACCUGCUUCCGUUGCGAGCAGCACAGGGCCCAGUGAGGCAGCUCUGCACGGCACAUCACCCUCAUUACAGUGGGUUUAUGGCCACGGUCAGAUGCUGCACCAGCAGCAGCACCAGAUACAACAGCAGCAACAGCACUAGGAACACCACCAGAACUGGGAACAGCUGGUGCAACAGCAGCAGUAGCAACAACAACAUCAGCAGCAGCAGCAGGAGCAGCAGCAGGGGCAGGGGAGCCGGGAGGAAGGGGGGAGGCGGAGUACGUGGAGGCGCGGCUGGGCGUGGCGGAGCUGACUCUGACGUUUCAGCGGCACCUGGCCAUUCUGGUGCGCGUGGAGGCGCACCGCAGGGAGGACUCGCUGCGCCUGCUGCUGCACUCCCACGCCGUGCAGGACGUCAUCGCCUGGCUCACCUCCCCGCACUGCAAGCCGGACGAUCAAAGGCUUGUGUUGGAGCUGAUCAGAUUGAUGAGAGAGGCAUCAGAGGAUGAGGCAGGGGGGCUGCAGUGGUACUGGGGCUUCCUUUGCUUCUUCCGCACGCACAGAAUGUUCAGCGGUAUUUAUUGAGCUACUACACUCUUAAUCAUAGGGUGCCUGGGGCUUUAGUCAAAGAGCUGGCUGGUAUUUCUGUUCGUACUGACUGAUGGUACAAUAUUAGUGUUUUCCAACGGGCUUUUUCCAAAUCACAGGUGUUG